UUGUGGCCCUUACAAAUAGCUAGAAUGGGUCGGGUCCGGAGAAAAGUCGUGUUUUGAUGAAUUUUAAAAUUAUCUUCGGAUUGCGUUUUAAGUUGAAAGUAGUUCAAGUUUAGGGAAGCCCGGCCUUUCAUAGUCAGUAUAAAUUCAAAAUGAGAUUUUUGUAAACCCCGCCUUAGAGGCUUUUAGAACCUUGACUUUUCUUGGCGUAUAAUUUUCUGUGGGUUUUUUUCUCUACAUCACGUGUCAUCAUCGAUUCAUUUUUAGUGUAUUCUUAAGGUAAUCAAUCAUUUGAAAGUAUGAUCAUGAUUCUUUUCAUACUUUUUCCUCUACAUCCUAAAUUAAAACAAUCAAAAGAUUCCUUUGCCUUGCCUCCUCCAGAUCAGAAAAAAUGGAAAAAACCGAAAGUUAAUGUUGAUGUUAAAAUGUUGGAUAUAUUAGCUGAAAAGAUUAAAAAGAGAGAAGAGGAUGAGGACGAUGAAGAAGAAUUUCUGCCCAGCAAUGUUGCACCAAUAAAUACAAAUUAAAGAUGACGAUGCUAGUGAAUAACUUUUUCUGAGGAUAUUCAAAUUUACGACGCAAUAAAUGGAUAAUUUUCUUUUGUUUACCGAGCAACAAUUAAUAAAAUUUUGUAAGACGGUAAAGAUGAAGGUACUUAU